AUGAUCGAGGCACUCGUGGAGAAUUUAUCGCCCGGUCGGGCUCUGUUGUGGUGCGUAGGUCUGUUCACGGCCUAUUGCAUCUUCCUCAAGCUCCAGGCUUCGGCGCAGAUCGCUCGUCAGGGUCUUCGUGCGCCCAAGGUCAAGUUCCAUCUUCCGUAUGCUCUUGACUUCAUGUACAAGGGCCAUCAGGCCAACCUCAAAAACGAGGAUCUCAAGUUCUGGGACGAAACCAUCAUGGGGGCUGGUGGCCGUGACAACUGCAAGACCGCCGAAGUUGAUGCUGGUAUCUCGUCUCGCAUUGUUCUCACCAAGGACCCGGAGAAUAUCAAGGCCGUACUCACCGGCCAAUUCGCCGAUUAUGGCAAGGGCGAGACGUUUCAUCGCGAGUGGAAGGAAUUCCUCGGCGAUAGUAUCUUUGCAACGGAUGGUGAGCUGUGGUCGCGUUCUCGCCAGCUCAUCCGUCCGAUGUUUGCGCGCGAGCGCCUCGUCGACACGGAGAUCUUCGAAAAGCAUGUACAAAAACUCAUCCCUCUCCUCGGAAAGAACCCGGGUGGUGGUCGCAUUGUCGAUGUUGGAUCGCUGUUCUUCCGAUACACCCUUGACGCCUCGACCGACUACCUUCUGGGCCAAGGAACCGACAGUCUCGAGAAUCCUGCUACUCGCUUUGCCGAGGCCUUCAGAUACGUGCAACAACGCCAAGCUGAGCUGUUCCGAUUUGGCGUUUUCAACUUCGCAAUGUCACGUACCGAGUUCCGUCGCAAUUUGAAGAUCAUGGACGACUUCAUGCAGCCCUAUAUCCAGACCGUCCUCAGCAUGUCACAAGAUGAGCUUGACCAAAAGCUUUCCAAGCGAGACACGUUCUUGCACGCCCUUGCCCGUUUCACUCGUGACCCCAAGGUCCUUCGAGACCAGCUUGUGGCUGUUCUCCUUGCAGGUCGCGACACCACCGCCGCCACUCUUGCAUUCUGUCUCUUCGAGCUCGCACGCCACCCAGAGGUCGUCGCCAAGCUGCGUGCCGAGAUCAAGGAGCGUCUCGGUGUCGGUGCCGAUGGCCAGAAACCCACCUAUGAUGACCUGAAGACGAUGAAGUACCUCAACGCCGUAAUCAACGAGACCAUGCGAUUUUACCCAGUCGUACCUUUCAACGUGCGUUUCUCACUCAAGGAUACCACAUUACCUCGUGGUGGUGGACCAGACGGACAAUCCCCCGUUGGUGUGCGCGCCAACUCUCGUGUGAUCUACUCCACUCUUCUAAUGCAGCGGGAUCCGGAUCUCUAUGACAAGCCCGGAUCAAAGAACUACUUCAACCCCGAGCAGUGGAUUCCCGAGCGAUGGGUGGAGGGAUGGUCGCCACGCCCGUGGCAGUUCAUUCCGUUCAACGGCGGUCCUCGUAUUUGUAUCGGUCAGCAAUUUGCGACGAUCGAGAUGGGGUACACCAUCAUUCGGAUUCUGCAGGCGUAUGAGAAGAUUAUUGCCAUGCCGGUUAGUGGGGAGGAUCGCGUGAAGGACCCUGUGAUGAGAUUUGAGGUGACGCUCAGCCCUGGCGCCGAGUUCAACUGUAUCUUUCUUCGAGAGGGCGAGGACUUGAAGGCGGGUCUCUGA